AUGCACACAAAAUUACCAUCCUUACCAAACUUGCCUAAUAAGAAUAAGCAAUUUUACAACAAAUGGUAUAUACCUUAUGAUUUGAGGUAUGUGUAAAAGCCUGACCUCCAAAAAGAGAAUUUCGAAGGUAUUUUAUAAACUAAUGAAGACGAUAUGCAUUUUUAUAAGAAUAUCCAUAGCAUCAAUGUACAAUAUAACCCAUUUGAUGAAAAACUACCUGAAGUUUUAAUCAAAAACAUAGGAUAUAGAGAGAGAACUGAAACUGUUAAGGAUUUUUUGAAAGGAUAGAGAUAAAUUAUUGAAUUCAAAAAAAGUGUAGAAAGGGAAAAUUAGAGAGUCCCUGAAUUUAUUAAAUAGCUUUUGGAAAGUGAAUAAGGCCAUAAGAAGUAUAAGAAGUUUAAAUAGUUAUGA